GAUUUGAGUGAAGUACUUGACGCCCUUUCUGUGAAUAUUCAAAGGAUUGAUAAAGAUGUAGCCAGAUGUGACCGAAACUACUACUAUUUCUCUAAAGGUAUUCUUGAUAUAUCUGCUAAUCUCUAUCGUCUUCGUACUAUCAUGUGCACAUGGAUCUGGCAGCACAUGAACAUAGGAUAUGUUCAGGGAAUGUGUGACCUGCUGGCUCCACUCCUAGUGGUUCUUGAAGACGAAGCCCUGACUCAUGCUUGUUUCUCCCAACUCAUGGUAACCAUGUUGAAUAACUUUCCUUUGCGACCUUUGAAGUCGCAGACAACUUUGAACCAAUUUUUGAAUGUUUUGGAUCCAGUUCUUGCGGAGCAUAUGCAUUUAAAUGAUGAAAACUCUCAUCUCUACUUCUAUCGAUGGCUCCUAUUAGAUUUCAAAAGAGAAUUCAAAUAUGCCGACGUUUUCCUUGCCUGGGAAACGAUUUGGACCUCUACUCGCUUGGUCUGUCCGGAUUUUGAAAUAUUCAUUGCAUUUGCCUUGAUUCAGUAUUAUCGCGAUAUAAUUCUCUUCUACUGCCUCGAUUAUACAGACAUUAUAAAAUUUUACAACGAGAGAGCCGAACAGCAUGAUCUACCGAGAUUAUUGGGUUUUGCAAGAGAUCUAAUCUAUCGAUUGCAAACAUUAAUCUCGUCCAUCAACCCCAAACCAUCUUCCCGCACCAAAACUCUUCUCCCUGAGCAUUAG